CAGUAUUGUUUUGGGACACAUUGGAGUGUUUUCAAGCGUGAAUGGUCUGUUUAAGGUCACACCAAAGCAUCUCAUCUGUCCUCUGAAAAGUCUUGGGAAUCUAUAGGAUCUUUUUUUGUUCGCCCGUGGCAUAGAUAUGCUCUUGGGACUAAUUUUGAUACACUGGCCACUCCUGGGAAGGUUAACCACUGUCCCAAAGCUUUAAAAUGGCUUUAUAGCCCUUUCCUGACUGAUAGACGUCAAUGAUUAUUUUGUUGCUGUUCUGGACAGAUCUUUAAACUGCUUCCCUUUGUUAAACAAGUCUUAUUUAAGUUAUGUUUUGAUUCGACAGGUCUGAAAGUAAUCAGGGUUAGGUCAGGGUUUUGUUUUUGUUUUUUUAACGAAAUGGGGGUAAAUACUUUCUCACAGUACAGUGUGCAUACUAUACAUUUUUAAAUUCAGAUAUAGGUAUGAACACCCACUUUAAACAUAAAAAAGAUUCAUUUAACGCACCUUUGAAUAAAUUCUUUAGUUAAAUAUUGGUGACGUUUUUUCUUUAAUAGUCGGUCAGAUCAGCUGAUCUCCAUCGUCGGUCGGACAGCAACGGCCAGCGCUAGCUAAACAUAGCUAGUAGUAAAAGUUAUGACAGGACAUGUCAGGUUUAGUGUACCAUAAGGUUCUGACCUUGGUAAGCAAUUGAGCAUCUGGCUACCAACCAGACUGAACGCUCUAAUCUGAGACUAACUAUGCCUUAUCUCUGAGAAUGGGAGGAAGUGGAUCCAAAGCCAAAGGUGUCUGGCCUUUCUCAGGCAGCGGAGGCGAGUCAGGAAAUGAUGGGAACGAGCAGUCUCUGGCCCGGCUGAAAGGCUCUAAGAAUGCAACACCAUUUGUUUUUACAAGGAGAAGUUCUUUGUAUUAUGAUGAGGACGGUGACCUCGCCCAUGAAUUCUACGAGGAGACGGUCGUGACAAAAAAUGGCAGAAAGAAGUCCAAGUUGAAGAGGAUCCAGAAAAAUCUAAUUCCACAGGGAAUUGUGAAGCUCGACCACCCGUGUAUUCAUGUCGAUUUCCCCAUCGUCCUCUGUGAGGUGUGACACGUUGCACAGUGACCGGUCUACAAUGACGUGCAGCCACAGAUCCUCUUUGCUGAGCAUCAUUCAAGUCUCGAGAGCUGCAGUCAAGAACUGCCGAAUGGGGCUUGCAGAGGAAAAAGGAAAAUUCAAACUGUCACAUGAAAAAUGAUAUAUUGAAUUAAAUGUUAUACAUUUGAAUUCAACAAGUCUUUAUUUUGACAUUCACAAAAAUAGUGAUGAUACAAGUUGUGUUUCCACUACCCAGCUGAUAUGUAUGCAGACUUGGAGAAUACUUCGGAUGAAUUCGUGUUUCUCCUGUUGAGUUUUUUUUUGUUUGUUUUUUUUAAUUUUGCAGGGCAAAACAUCUGUGACGUGAAAAGGGUUUAAUGGUUCAUGCCUUCUGUGAGAUGUAGACUCUGUAUGUGUCUUUGUACAUGUGCUAGUUUUGGGUUCAUGUGUGAACUACAAAUGCAAGAUGUAUUUGCAGGGUGGGAAUGAUGAGGGAUUGUGGAAUUUGUAUAUAUUUAUGUUCUGUAUUGUCACGUCUGAGUUAGUCUGUUAUUGGCGCUCAGACCUGCACUAGUGAACAUAAUGUACUGUAAAUAACAUCAGAUUUCUUAGUUGAAAAUACUUGAAUAAAUGGUUUAUUGAGCAAAAUCA